GGAGGAGGAAUGCAAACCUCCAUCCAGAGCUGAGAACUGGAGCAUUUGCGCAGAUAGUCUGCGCUGCCUUCACCAGACACACACACACAGCAUUUCAGCCAGGGGGAAGUUUGUUCUUCUUGUUGUUGCUGCUGCUGCUGCUGAUUGCAAAGUGUCUACAAGGAGCAAGAGCAACCAUCCAAACCAAAACCAAACCCGUGCGUCAGCGUCAGGGAUUUAAUCAUGGUGAUCAAAGUGUACAUAGCAUCGUCCUCUGGAUCCACUUCGAUUAAAAAGCAGCAGCAGGACGUGAUGGGUUUCCUGGCGGCCAAUAAGAUCGAAUUCGAGGAGUGUGACAUCGCAGCCAACGAGGCCAACCGGAAGUGGAUGAGGGAGAAUGUUCCUGAGGAGUCCAGGCCGGCCACGGGGAACCCUCUCCCCCCUCAGAUAUUUAACGAAAGCAAAUAUUGCGGGAACUACGAGGCUUUCUUCGAUGCCAGAGAGGACAACGCUGUUUAUGCAUUUCUGGGUCUGACCGCUCCCCCGGGCUCAAAAGAGGCAGAGGCUCUAGCGAAGAAAGAACAGCAGUAGCAGCUUUACAGUGUUUCUACCUGAGACCUCAGGCCUAGUCCUUAAACCCAGACCUGGACCCAGACUGACCUGGAACUGAUCCAGGAAAAAAAAGAAACAUGUCACUCGGCUUAUAAAUAUGUGUACGGUUUUUCAAUGUUUUUUUUUUAUUAUUAUUAGUAUUAUUAUUAUUAAUCAGCUGUGCCUUGUCAGCUGUAGUGAAGGGAGGUGCUAAAUCAGAGCAUUAUGGGUAUCUACAAACAGCUCUGCUUCCUCCCAUUAACCUCAGCCUGCUAAGCCUAUUGGCCUAAUGACAUGUCAAUCAAAACAUUAGCAUGAAGGUGUAGCUACCUGUUUCAUCAGACAUGACACACGUUAAAGAAUUGUAACAUCAUUUGGCAAACAGAACUUCAUCCACGUUAACAUUACAUCACGAAACAUCGUCCGGUUGAAUUUGUCUUUUCCCGUAAACGGAGACAAACGUUCCUGCCACGUCACAUCAACGCCAAAACUGCAGCACCUUCUGUAAAAGUUUUUCUAUUGCAAUCCCAUCCUCUGUGUUUUUAUUUACUUUAUAUUGUCUUAAUGCUGUUUUAAUAGCAAACUUUUUUCUAUGAGAUGAUAUGUGUUGAAAAAAAUAAUAAUUACAAAUCUGCAAACACAGAUAUUUGUUGUUUUUUGAGGAGCUGUACAGCUGUUUCGUUCUGCUAUAAGCAUCCUGUUUCACACUGUGCUGGGAAUCCCUGUCUUACAUAAGUUGAUACCUUCUCUAAAAUGAAAUAAAAAUAAGACUUGUCACUUUCAGUAAAUGACACAGUCGAACACAUCGGAAAUAAAGUCUGCCUUCUUAUAACAUCCUGUUAUUGUUAUGCACAAUAAAUGGUUUUAAGUUCA